AUGUUUCUGAUUCGGACAAGGGAAACAAAAUCAAUUCCGAGUGGGCCGACUCCUCUAUCAAGACUACGAUCUCUCACACUCGCGCUCGAUCAGACCAGAGAAACUCUUACAAGAACCCUACAACUAAACACCAUCCUCACCAACAGAAUCAAAACUCUAACACAAGAACUCGAACAUGGGAGGAAGGAGAUACAACAUCUCAGUAGGACGAGGUUGAGUCGCCUAGACAAUCCGGAGAGUGAGGAACUCAAGUUCGUGGAACAUCAUCACACGAAGACGACGUCUAAAGAUGUUGAAGAAGAGGUUGUAACGACGGAGGAGCUGGAGAAGAGGAGACUCGUCACAUUCGCGAGCUCGCCUUUGCUGACGCGUGUGAUGUCAAACAUGAGGGAAGAAGAGGAGAGGAAGUAUAAAGAGAAUGAUUUUGAGAGAGAUUGUUCGGUCAAGAAGACAAAAUCAAAGAGGGGUUUUGCUCCGUUCAUGGGAUGGUUUAGAGCAACCCGAGGACGAGAUUGA